UUGGACCAUAAAAUAAAACGGAAGAGAAAGGUGAUAAUGGCUCUGGUGUAUCAAUCACAGAACACCAACCAGAUCCUUUUGUUUCUGCAGAGGCCACUCUUCAAUGGUAGUGGCAGUGUUAGGACUGCAUCUCUUCCACUAUGGUCGGGGAAGCAAGUGAAGAGGCAAAAGGUUAAGAGGCUCGUACUCGUUUCUCGCGAAGUUCAAGCUAACUCUACUUCUGUAACUGCAACAGAUACAGAUACUACCACAGAGAAGACUACUGUGAAGCUUAAAGCUGUGGUUCAGGUCACUGUAACUGUGGCUGGUUUUUUCUCCAGUUUGAGGUUAGACCGGGGAAUUGAUGAUAUCACAGAUUUGCUUGGUAAAUCUCUCCUCUUGGAGCUUGUUAGCUCUGAGCUUGAUCCUGAAGCGGGACUAGAGAAGGAGACGAUUAAAGCAUACGCACACAAAGCAGGACGAGAUAAUAAUUCGGUUAAGUAUGAAACCGAUUUUGAAGUCCCAAAUGAUUUUGGGGAGAUUGGUGCAAUUCUGGUUGAGAAUGAGCAUCACAAGGAGAUGUUCCUUGAAACCAUCCUCCUUGAUGGCUUCCCAGAGGGUCCAAUUCAUUUUCACUGUGCCUCUUGGGUUCACUCUAAGUUCGAUAAUCCUACCAAAAGGGUGUUCUUCACCAACAAGUGUUACAUACCGUCAGAGACACCGAGUGGUAUAAGAAGAAUAAGAGCAGAAGAGUUGAGUAAUCUUCGAGGCAGUGGAGAAGGAGAAAGGAAGAGCUUCGAAAGAAUAUAUGAUUAUGAUAUAUACAAUGACAUGGGAGAUCCUGAUAAAAGCCUUGAUCUUCAGAGACCUCCUUUAGGAGGCAAAGAACUACCUUAUCCUAGACGUUGCCGAACUGGCCGCCUCAUGUGUGAUGUAGAUCCAUUGUCUGAAAAAAGAAGCAGAAGAUUUUACGUUCCAAGAGACGAAUGCUUCUCAGAGGUGAAGGAGUUAACUUUCUCAACCAAGACCUUAUACGCAGUGUUGCUAAUAUUGGUUCCAUCUCUUGGGAAAAUUAUCAAAGACAAGGAACUUGCAUUUCCAUACUUUCACGAAAUAGAUUCGCUUUUCAGCAUUGGACUUGACUUGCCUCAUCAUGAACAUCAUGAAACUGAGAAGGGAUUCCUAGGAACCAUCAUGCCGAGACUCGUCAAAAACAUUUCUGGCGAUGUGGGACACGUGCUUCGCUUUGAGACCCCAGAGGCAAUGAGCAGGGAUAGGUUUUUCUGGUUUAGGGAUGAGGAAUUUGCUAGGCAGACUGUUGCUGGUCUCAACCCAUGUAGCAUAAAAUUGGUCAAAGAAUGGCCAUUGAGGAGUAAACUUGACCCAAUUGUAUAUGGUCCAGCAGAAUCAGCAAUUACCUCGGAAAUUAUCAAUAAAGAGAUUGGAGGCAUACUUUCUGUAGAAAAGGCGAUCAAAGAAAAGAAGCUAUUCAUGCUAGACUACCAUGAUUUAUUUUUACCCUAUGUUAGCAGAGUACGCGAACUUAAGGGGAAAACACUCUACGGGUCACGAACUUUGUUCUUUCUAACGCCAGAUGGGACACUGAGGCCUCUUGCCAUUGAGCUAACUAGACCACCAAUGGAUGGAAAAGGCCAAUGGAAGCAAGUUUUCACGCCUUCUUGGCAUUCAACCAGUGUUUGGCUCUGGAGGAUUGCCAAGGCUCACGUUCUAGCACAUGACUCUGGAUAUCACCAACUUGUUAGUCAUUGGUUAAGAACUCAUUGUGUGACAGAGCCAUAUGUUAUUGCCACUAAUAGGCAACUUAGUGAGAUGCACCCCAUAUAUAGAUUGCUACACCCUCAUUUUCGUUACACUAUAGAAAUUAAUGCUCUGGCACGAGAAGCACUUAUUAACGCUGAUGGCACAAUUGAGAGCUCAUUCACACCAGGAAAGUAUUCAAUGGAGAUUUGCUCUGCUGCCUAUGAUCUUGAAUGGCGGUUUGACAUGCAGGCUCUACCUGCGGACCUAAUUAGAAGGGGAAUGGCUGUGCAAGAUCCAUUUGCUCCACAUGGGUUAAGGCUUACCAUUCCAGACUAUCCCUAUGCCAAUGAUGGACUCCUUCUAUGGGACACUAUAAAGGUAUGGGUUACUGAUUAUGUCAACCAUUAUUACCCAGAAUCAAGUCUUGUGGAGUUAGAUGUAGAGCUACAGGCAUGGUGGACAGAAAUUAGAACAGUUGGUCAUGCUGACAAAAAGGAUGAACCAUGGUGGCCAGUUCUUAAAACCCCAAAAGACCUUAUUGAAAUCCUUAAUAUAAUCAUAUGGGUAACUUCAGGUCACCAUGCAGCUGUGAACUUUGGGCAAUAUGCUUAUGGGGGUUAUUUCCCAAAUCGACCUACAAUUGCUAGGACUAAAAUGCCUAUAGAGGACCCUACAGAAGAAGAGUGGAAAAAGUUCAUUGCAAAACCUGAAAGUGCACUUCUCAAGUGCUUUCCUUCACAACUUCAAGCAACUAGAGUCAUGGCUGUCUUGGAUAUACUAUCAACUCAUUCACCAGAUGAGGAAUACAUUGGGGAGAAGAUGGAACCAUCAUGGGCUGAAAACCCUGUGAUAAAUGCUGCCUUUGAAAGAUUUAGAGCAAGACUGAAGAAAAUAGAAACACUGAUUGAUGAGAGAAAUGAAAAUACAAAUUUGAAGAACAGAAAUGGAGCUGGCGUUAUUCCAUACGAGCUUUUGAAGCCUUUCUCUAAGCCAGGUGUGACUGGUAUGGGAGUUCCAUGUAGUAUAUCUAUCUAAAUUGGCAAUUUGAUAUGGGGAAAAGUAAAUCUUACGUUGAAGAAUUCAAAUCUCAUGUCAUAGAUA